AUGGAGGAACCCUGCGGCGCAGGCGCCGCUGCCCCGCUCAGGGGAGACACCGAGGAGCCCAAGCAGGGGUCGGUGCUGUUCCUUGGAGGCAAUGAGGUGAAGAGCAGUGCUGUGGUGAAAUACUCCUCAGCCCCUCCUCAAGCAGCCUUUGCCCGUCUGCAGGAGAAAACUGACCUGAAGCUGCCUCCUGCCAACUGGUUACGGGAAAGUGCCAAGCUGGGAGCAGCAGGGACAACCAUUCUGGGCAACAGCAAAAAAAGUAAACCCUUCUCAAGCUUUGGGAUGGCCUAUGACUUCAUUGACUCAGUUGGAAAUGAUGUGGAUGUCGUAUCUGAUUCAGAGAACAUCAAAAAACUCCUGAAGAUCCCUUACAGUAAGUCCCAUGUGAGCAUGGCAGUGCACAGAAUUGGGAGGACACUCCUGUUGGAUGAGCUGGAUAUCCAGGAGCUCUUCAUGAGAUCAUCUCAGACAGGGGACUGGACAUGGCUGAAAGAGUUUUAUCAAAGACUGAUUGAUCAGAAGUGGCAAAGAAAAAAGAAGAGUAAAGAACAUUGGUACCAGAAGGCAAUACUUUCUAAGUUUUUGUAUUACAGCAUUAAUGGAGAUGGAGCUGCUCAGCCUGUUCCUUCCACUUCCAAGCAGCACCAGGAGGGUCCUGUUGCAGGUGAGAGUGAUGAAGCAGGAAGGGCCUCCUGGCCAGCUCCUUUUGAAAUGCCUUCCUCGCUAUCUGAAGAUCCAGGUGCCUCUAACCAGGGAAAUGUGCCUCUUGAACCCUCAUAUCUAGUGGGGCACGUGGCCUCAGCCCCCAGAGAACAAAACCUGACUCCUUUGUUCAAUGACGGGGAGAACAGUCAGGGACUUAAAAAUGACUUUGUUCGUAAUAUCUUGUGGACCUUUGAAGAUAUCCACAUGUUAGUGGGAUCAAAUAUGCCAAUAUUUGGAGGUGGGAGAUACCCUGCAGUCAGCCUGCGUCUCAGGGAUAACAACAAGCCAAUAAAUGUGCUAACAGGGAUUGACUAUUGGUUGGACAACUUGAUAUGCAACGUACCAGAGCUUGUGAUGUGCUUUCAUGUCAAUGGAAUUGUUCAGAAAUAUGAAAUGAUCAAGACUGAAGAUAUUCCCAAUUUGGAAAACUCUAAUUUUUCUACCAAAGUGAUAAAAGAUAUUGCUCAAAAUAUCUUAUCUUUUCUGAAAUCAAAUUGCACCAAAGAAGGACACACCUAUUGGCUGUUUAAAGCAAGUGGGAGUGAUAUAGUAAAGCUCUAUGACCUCACCACACUUUGUGAAGAGACUGAAGACAAAUACCAAAACCCUUUUACAAUGCCAGUGGCAAUUCUGCUGUACAAAGUUGCUUGCAAUAUGAUGCUGAAGAAAAACCAGAACAAGAAACACUAUGGCACAAUCAGAACGUUGCUCCUGAAUUGUCUGAAGUUGUUGGACAAUGGCAGACAUCCUCAAAUUAUUGCUUCAGCAAACUACAUGUUAUCAGAGCUUUUUCAGCUGGAUGAACCUAAAAAAGAAGACAGUGCAGACUUUCCUAUGAAUGGAAAUUCUGAUGAGAGUUACAGUGAGGAAGAGGAAGAGAUGCCAGACAGUGAUGAAAAUGGUUCUUACAGCAACAGUUCUGAUCCCCCAGAUGACAACAAAGCAGUGGCAAUAAUCAAAUCUGUUGGGGAGUUGUCAGUACCAGAAAAGUACAAGUCUGUGCAUCGAAUACGUCCCAGCUGUGCAUUCCCUGUCUGCCACGGCACCGAGGAGCGCUGCAGGCUGGUUCUCAACCACGUCCUGGAGGGUUUGAAGUCUGUUGACAGCAGUGUUAAAAAAGAAGGUGACCUUCCUGCAGCUGACCCCAGCACUCCAAUCCCAUUGAAAUAUGAGGAUGAAUCCACCAGUGGUGGUCCUGAGUCUCUGGAAAAACAGAUGGCCUUAUUUCUAGACAAAAUGGGCUCCUUCCAGAAGGGGAAGCAUUGCAGUCAGUCAGGAAUGAUUCCUGGAUCGUGGCAAUAUAAAAUGAAGCUCCAGCUCAUCCUGAAGUCAUCCAGAGCUUAUUAUGUCCUGUCUGAUGCUGCUAUGAUCCUGCAGAAGUACGGGCGAGCACUGCGAUACAUCAAGCUGGCCUUGCAGUGCCAUGAUACCUACUGCUGUCUGUGUGGCAGCAUGCUGCCCGAGGUGCUGGUGUUCCUGUGCCAGUGCUUAACCCUUUGUGGAGAUAUUCAGUUAAUGCUGGCUCAGAAUGCAAACAACAGAGCAGCCUACCUUGAAGAAUAUAAUUACCAGACUAAAGAAGAUCAGGAGAUAUUACACAGCCUUCACAGAGAAUCCAGGUGCCAAGUGUUUGCCUGGGCUACAGAUUUAUCCACAGAUUUGGAAUACCAACUUUCUGUCAGCUGUAAAUGCUAUGAAGCAGCUUAUGAAAUCCUACUCUUCAGUAACUUAAAAAGCCAAAAUCCAGAGCAGCACAUCCAGGUGCUCAAGAGGAUGGGCAAUAUCAGGAAUGAGAUUGGAGUGUUCUACAUGAACCAGGCAGCUGCAGUGCAGACUGAGAGAGUAGUGAGUAAAAACGUCUCAACAACAGAGCAGCAGCUCUGGAAGAAAAGUUUCUCCUGCUUUGAAGAAGGAAUUCAGAAUUUUGAGUCCAUUGAUGAUGCCACCAAUGCUGCCCUUCUGCUAUGCAACACGGGGAGGCUGAUGAGAAUCUGUGCCCAGGCUCACUGUGCAGCUGAAGGGGAUUUCAAAAGGGAGUUUUCCCCAGAAGAGGCCCUUUAUUACAAUAAGGCUAUUGACUACUACCUGAAGGCAUUGAGGUCUCUGGGGAAGAGGGAUGUGCAUCCAGCUGUUUGGGAUUCUGUGAACUGGGAGCUGUCUACAACAUAUUUCACCAUGGCAACUCUGCAGCAGGAUUAUGCUCCCUUAUCCAGAAAGGCUCAGGAACAGAUAGAGAAGGAAGUCAGUGAAGCCAUGAUGAAGUCCUUGAAGUACUGUGAUGUUGAUACAGUGUCUGAACGACAGCCCCUGUGCCAGUACCGAGCUGCCACCAUCCACCACAGGCUGGCUUCAAUGUACCACAGCUGCCUCAGGAACCAGGUUGGGGAUGAGCACCUGAGGAAGCAGCACCGUGUCCUUGCUGAUCUCCACUACAGCAAAGCAGUGCGACUCUUCCAGCUCCUGAAGGACGCCCCCUGUGAGUUCCUGCGUGUGCAGCUGGAGAGAGUGGCCUUUGCAGAGUUCCAGAUGGCCAGUCAGAACAGCAGUGCUGGGAAAUUAAAGACUCUGUCUGGGGCCCUUGAUAUAAUGACCAAAACCAAGGGUGCAUUUCAGCUCAUCAGGAAGGAGCUUGUGGCAGAAACUGAACAGAUCAGUAAGGAUAAAAGUCCUGAGAGCUUGUCAGUGAAUGAUUCCUCUGCAAGCCUUAACAAAGAGGAAGUCUUGAAACUGCUCGGGAUUUUUGAGUCCAGGAUGUCUUUCCUUCUCCUCCAAUCCAUUAAAUUGUUGACUUCAAGCAAAAAAAAGAUGGGGGGCAGCAAUGAAGAAGAAGCAGUUCUGAAAACAAACAAGCAGGUUUAUUCCCUGCUGCUCCGUGCCACUGCCAACAAGGGGCUGUCCCUGCUGGAGCGCACCGAGCUCAUCCUGUCCCUGCUGGAGCAGCUGGCUGCCAGGAGCGAGGGCAGCCCGGGCAGGCAGUGAGGGCAGCCCUGCACAGCUGCAGCACCAGUGCCUUGCUGGGAGCACUGGGAGUGUUCCCAUGGGAUGUUUGUGUUUAUUGAGGGUGAGUUCUCACCACUGUUGUUCCAUUGGAACCUGGGGAAGCACAGGGAUGCCUUUUUAUCCCCGCAAAGCUCUCCUUGUUCAGCUCCCAGCAUUUCUUUGUUUGAAAUGCCAGCUUGGAGUUCUGGAGAUAAAAAUGUAAGUUUUGCACCUGAUUUUUCUCUUGCAGUGAGAUCUGUGUUUUGCAUAAAGAUGUAACCUCACAGCUGCUCUGGUUUGGUAUGUAACGAAAUGUGUUUUGUAAGCAGGGCUGCACUAGAACACUUUCACUGCUAAAGGCAGCUCAAGCUGUACCAGGAGAUUUCUGUGGAAUAUGUGGAUGCACUACUUAAUCCCAGGGAGGAUCCUGCACAAAAACCUGUGCCUUUCUAGCUUUGAUGUGACUCUUGCAAUUUAUCAGCCAUCUCUGGGAUUUUGUUUUGGAAAGUGAAUGGUUUCAGCUGUGUUGGAAUUGAUCAAGAAUAGUAUUAACUUUUUCAGAUUUGAAACUGUGAAUAAAAGAGAGGAUAUUUUUAAAUAAAAAUUUAUUUAUUAAAUAUAAACACGUCAGUCUGCCUUGUUUUUCUUGGUUAUGACUCUCCUCAGAGCAGCAAACUGCUCAACAGAAUUACAACGACUUGAAAGAGAAAAAACUUUGUAAACUCCACUGUAACACUGAGCGAGGUCUUACCUCAGCAUGUGAGGACUCUUGGUGGUUUUUUUUUGUUAAUAAAAUUUUCCAGAAUAUAA